AUGGCUCCUCCAGUUCAACUCCCUCUUCGACAGCUCACCAAGAAUGGCCCCAAGAUCCCAUCCAUUGGUCUCGGUCUUAUGGGCAUCAGCGUCGCAUACGGAGCAGCUACAUCCAACGAAGAACGUCUCAAACUCCUUGAUCGCGCCUGGGAACUUGGCUGCACUAACUGGGACACAGCUGAUGUCUACGGCGACAGUGAAGAUGUUGUAGGCAAAUGGUUCAAGCUUCAUCCCGAACGUCGUCAGGAUAUCUUCCUUGCGACCAAGUUUGGACUGAGGGCAGGUGACAAGGGAAUCGUUACUGAUUCAUCACCUGAACAUGUGAGAAAGAGUAUUGAGAGCAGCUUGAAGAGGCUUGGGGUUGAACACAUCGAUCUGUACUAUAUGCAUCGUGCAAACGAGGCUGUGCCUAUUGAGAAGACUGUUGAGGCCAUGAAGCAAUUGGUUGAUGAGGGAAAGGUCAAGUACUUGGGCCUCUCAGAGAUCUCGUCCACCACUCUCCGCCGCGCCCACGCCGUCCAUCCCAUCUCAGCAGUGCAAGUCGAGUACAACCCCUGGACACUUGACAUCGAAGGUCCUUCAGGAACAAACCUUCUCAAGGCUUGCGAAGAGCUGGACGUAGCGGUGUUCGCCUACUCACCCCUUGGCCGUGGUAUCUUGACCGGUCGUUUCCGCUCUGUCGAUGAUUUUGAAGAGACAGAUACCCGAAGGCGCUUGACGCGGUUCAAAGGUGACAAUUUCAAAAAGAACCUAGAGAUUGUGGACGAGUUCAAUGAGUUGGCCAAGAGCAAGGGAUAUACAUCCUCACAGCUCGUCCUGGCCUGGAUCUUGGAGCAGAGUCCGAAACUGUUUGUUAUCCCUGGAACGAAGAAGAUCAAGUAUCUCGAAGAGAACGUGGGAGCCGCAAAGGUGAAGCUGAGUAAGGAGGAGAAUCAAGAGUUGAGGAAAUUAGCAGUUGAGGCUGGAGUUGCAGGAGGACGGGACUCCUUCUUCGGCUGCUUUGUUGAUACAGCUCCACUGGAGAAGUGA